AUGUGGAGUGGCCCCAGGGGAAUGCACUCACCCUGUGCACCAGCUCGCGGGGUGGCGGAUGCAGGGGUCUCUGCACACCCAGGUGGAGCAGCCUCAGGGUGUUACACUCACUCUGGCUACAGGUGCGCAGGCUGGUGGGCGCAGAGGUCUCUGUGCACCCAUGUGGAGUGUCCUCAGGGGAAUGCAUUCACCUUGGGUACUGGCACCCAAGGUGCUGGACACGGAGAUUCUCUGCGUGCCCAGGUGGAGCUGCCUCAGGGCACUGCGCUCACUCUGGGGAAUGGCGCGCAGGCUGAUGGGUGCAGAAGACUCUGUGCAUCCACGUGGAGUGGCCUCAGGGGAAUGCACUCACCCUGGGCACAGGGAACAAUCUUUCCAGCUCCCAAUUUCAAUCCCAUGAUGGAUGCCCAAAUGUUGGAAGGAGCAUUCCAAGGAUUUGGUUGUGAUAAAGACAUGCUAAUUGGCAUUCUUACUCAGCGCUGCAAUGCUCAAAGGCAAAUGAUUGCAGAGGCGUACCAGAGUAUGUAUGGCCGGGACCUGAUUGGUGACUUGAAAGAGAAUCUUUCAGAUCACUUCAAAGAUGUUAUGGUUGGCCUCAUGUACCCACCGCCAUCUUAUGAUGCUCAUGAACUCUGGCAUGCUAUGAAGGGAAUGGGUACUGAUGAAAACUGCCUGAUAGAUAUAUUAGCUUCAAGAACAAAUGGUGAAAUUUUUCAGAUGCAAGAAGCCUACUCUAUGCAAUACAACAAUAACCUUCAGGAGGACAUUUACUCAGAGACCUCAGGACACUUCAGGGAUACUCUCAUAAAUUUGGUCCAGGUAUGA